AUGAUGAGCAUGAAUAUGCAAGAAAUUGACAAACUCAUCACCAUCGAUGGAGGUAUUUUAGAAGGAGGAGGUCAAAUCAUUCGAAACACAACAGCCUUGUCUCACAUUCUUCACAAACCAAUUUUAAUUCAAAACAUUCGAGCAGGAAGAGAAAAUCCAGGCCUUCGAGCUCAACAUUUGAGUGGAGUUGUUUUAUUAUCCAUGCUUCCAUCAAGAUAUGAAUAUCAAUCCCUGUUGAGUGAUUGUCAAGUAGGAUCUUCAAAAUUUACCUAUCUUCCAGUCAUUUCCAAAAAAAGAGAGGAAUGUGAAAAUACUCAUCAAAAUGGAAUUGUAAGGUGUGAAAAAACAAAUACAUCUCCACCUGAAGUGAAAAUCAUGUAUUUGGAAAAUGAGACUAGUAUCGAAUUGAGUGCUGAUUGUAUGACUGCUGGUGCAACCACCUUAAUGAUUCAAUCCUCUUUGUGUCCUUUAUUAUAUUUUGAUUCCAAUGGAAAGAACGUGAAAGUGAUUUAUAAGGGCGGCACCAAUGUGGAUUUUUCACCACCUUUUGAACAAGUUUCUGAAGUUUUUCUUCCUCUUUUGAAGAAGUAUUUUUUGAAAGAUUUGAAUGCAUUGGAAAUUGAAUUGGAAUGUAAACAGCGCGGAUUUUUUCCAAAAGGAAAAGGACAAGUGGAAUUGAUCAUGACCAAGAAUGCAGAUGCCAAUUUGAAGGGAAAAUGUUUGAGUCCAAUGUAUUUAAUUGAUCGUGGUGAAACUAUUUCUAAAAUUGUAUUGAAAUUAUUUUAUACUGAAAAAGAGUAUGAGAAUAUUGCGGAAAAGAUUGAGCAAGCAUUCAAGUUUGAAUUUGAAAAACAUUUUCCGGAACACAAGUUUCGAGAUACGCCAAUUAUUGUUACAAAAGAAAGAGUGACAAAUAAUCCUGCUCGAUCUCGAGUCAUAUUUGGCAAUGCAUUCAUGUACGAUACGAACGAGCAGUGUGUAUUUGAAGCAAGUUUUCACUCCAAAAGAUUUCUCUAA